GCCGGCCCUCGUCCAUUUUCCCUUAAAAUGAAUGUCUCUCUAAUUUCUAUACAUCUUACUGAAUUGCAUGGACGCUAUCCAUCAAGCUGGUAGAGUGAUUGAAACAUAAUCCUACUUGCUUCUGAGUUGCCGGCGAGAGCCGAUGACCGGAGCUCUACGCUAUGUCCUGGCUGCAGGCUUCACGGUAGCCUUUGUUUAUUGUACUUCUCGCUUCGAAAGUCUGGAACGAGAAUCUUCAAACGGUAUUCUCUCUAGUGGCUUAUGGUUCUCAAGUGGUUGUAGGGUCAACAUGCCUGCCUAGAGUCAAAAAUCCGAAGUCUGCUCUAUUUUCAUGGGUUGGGUUUUCAACCUCAAUGAUUUCAUCACUUCUGUCUCCACGGGAACUGUACCUAUUUCGUUGUGUGUCAUGUCAUGAUGUCUUGUUCCUCAGUGUAUCGAAGUGGAGCUAUUACUUGAGCUUCGUGAACUUAGCCUUGGGAGCUAGUAACUCGCUUCCAUUGUUCACCUUUGGAACGGUUGCAUUAUACGCGGGAACUAUUCGUCAUAAAUUUCCAUUGCAGAAAAAUGUUUCUUACUCUUCCCACUUCUAUGUACCACUUUUUCACCUUUCAGCCCCAUCGAGCCUCAUCAGACGAAUCAUUAAUUCUGCACUGCAUUCGCGCUCACUGGAAAGUAAUUUCUUGGGGAUAUCAAAGAUGCUGCGACAGCAAGUAGUGCUUCGCGUCAAUGGUGAGAAUGGAGUCGAUGGAUCCAAGCACCAGACGCAGAACAAGGCUUCAGAUGGUGGAGAGCUGGAAGCAUUCCAAUUUCUCGGAAGUCUUGCAGGUCUGGGAGCCUUAAAUUCCCGGAUGCAGGGGGCUAAUGGCCGACACGGCCGGAAUGCGACAGCUGCUUCUGCUGGCACUCCUUCAGGGAAUGUAUGCGUGGAAUUAUCGAGCUCGGGAAAGUCUGGUAGCAUGAUUGUCAUAGGAUACGGGCAAUCCGCAGGCUACCGAUGUGAAGUGCCAAGUGGACAUAAUCUAUUUAUCAGCGCACGAGGAGGUAAUGGAGGGGAUGGUGGAUGUGGUGAGGGUGGCCAGGAUGGUGGAGAUGGGAUGUCGGGCAGAGACGCUGAUGAGUGGCACUCUGGAGGCCAAGGAGGGCGUGGAGGGGAUGGUGGAAAUGCCGGUUACGGAACCUACGGCGGUAAUGGUGGUCCCGGAGGUAAUAUCGAAAUUAGAGUGCACGAAGAUGAUAUGUGUCUAUUGCUCGCUCUGGACUGGGACAAUUCUGGAGGCCAGGGAGGGUCACAAGGACAACACGGCAUGCCUGGAUCUGGCGGGAGAGGUGGUAGAGGUGGACGUGGACAUUCGUCGGUUGAACGUCACGACUCACGAGCUUCCGAUGAAAAUCCACCUCGUAACUCUCGUUCAACAAGACGUCACAUGCCGGGAGGGUAUCCGGGAUCGAAUGGACGUGAUGGUGCGCCGGCGAGGUCUAUCUUGCGGGGUGGGACUUCUGGAAGAGAUGGCAAAAUCCGUUUUGUCGUCAUGUUCAACGACGGCACUGUAUCAAAGUAUGCUUCGAGAUACGACCUUCGGAUCGAACAUUGUAUGCUCAAGGAUGAGAAUGACGAUGGCAUAUAUGAACCUGGUGAGCAAAUUAUGGUGCAGCACAUCGCGGUCAGAAAUUACGGAGAAAUGCCUUCCCCUAGCCAAUCGCGGAUCAGAAUCGCAAUCACACCAAGUAAAUGGGUCGAUCCAACCGUUGAUCAAAAAAUCCUCCGCAUACAAACCUCGAUUCCUGGUUUCACAACCGUUCAAGUAUCGGGAACGGUCAGGGCACUAAUAAAGCCCGAGACCGAACUUCGCUUGUCACCCACUCCAUUGAAAGUUGACGAAGCGAUCAGGCUCGAAGGCAUCAUGUCAGGAAUCAAUAGAAAGAUACUCGGAUUUGGGGUAACCUGCCCAUUCGUGGUGCAGUACCCUCUUCGAUUGAAUCAGCCUCUUUUCGCAGAAGCUGUUGCUCAUGGAGAACAGUUCAAAAUAAAAUGGAGUAUAGAGAAUAUUUCGAGUCGUGCCCACGGCAUACACUCAGAUUUCCAUCGAACUGUCUCCACUCGCAUCUCUACCGAUUCUGACUUUGUCGAAUUCUUAGGUGACGAAGAUAACGUUGUUCGAAGUCACGAAAUCCACGGAAUAAAUCAUCUGGAAAGACUAAGAUUCCAACAACAAUUUAGUGUAUCGGAAAUGGCCGAACCGUUCAGCAAAGGUGUUGUGAAACUGGACUUGAUGCUCACUCCACCUACAUCCACACAGGAUCCGAUCGAUACCCUCUCUGUCAGAAGUUCUACGCAAUUGCCAGCCACAGUGUUCAAUCUCGAAAUCCAGGUCUCGCCAAAAUACCAGUAUAACCCAAGCUCGUCAUAUCUACUCCUGAUCAAUUCAAGCACGUCUGAAGCGCUGAUUCGGCACAUAUCAAAUUUCAUCCAGCAUGAUCUCAUGCUAGAGCUAGAUAUCUUCAAUACUAGUCUGAAUGCAUCUCUUAAUCAAGAAUCUGGACAGAACAUCCUGGAACGGUAUACAGGAAAGACGAUCGUUGUGCCUGGCAACGUGUUUACCUUCUUCGGAUCCAUUGGCAGAUCUAUGUACGAGUUCAUGAAUCCAGCAGUCAUAUCGAAACUAUUAGACAAAGACACCAACUUUCUGUUCCUGGAUACUCAAGAUUUUGCAGGUCUGACCAAGACCUGGGGACCGAUGGUUGCGAGCCCGGUAACAACACUCGAUGAAUCUGGAACCGACGGCUCGCUUCACGGUCUCGAGAUGAAGCCUUUUCUCGAGAUCUUGCAAAACACCGUCGAUGAAUCCAAUACAGGUAUUUUCAAAGCACAUUCUGUGACCGCCAAGAAGAGCUGCAUGAGAUCGGAGCAGAGGGCCAUCAAUUACAGGUCCAAAACUCUAGCAAAGAACCUGAGAAUGCGACAUCCCAACAGGAACUUCACAUGCAGAGGCAUAUCGUCUGAUGGGUCCAAUGAUAAAUUGCUUUCAAUAAUGGUACACGAGGCUCUUCCUCUAUCGGCACGAAUAUACGUGUCAUCAAAGGUAUGUGACUGGAGUUCUGAGACUCUAGACCCAGUGUUGCAGUACCUCAUCGUAGCCUCCUUACCAUUGGCGUAUCGUUCGAAAAGAAUAUGGGGCCUUGCAUCUCUACAUCUCUCGUGUGAUAGUAGCAAGGAAAAUUCUUCUGGAUUCACACCUGUGAAUAAGAAAAGCUCAGUGGAUGACCUCGGCUACCAGAAGGAUAAAGAUGAAGACAAUGCUGCCAACGAGGGGCGAAACUCUGGUUGUGAGGCGAGGUUUCAAGAAGCUCUAAUCGAGACAUUCCUCCAGAUUUCUGUCCGAUAUGACCUCAUCCAGGAAUUAUCUCACUUUACUAAAUAUGGCCCCUGGUUAUUUGACCCACUUCGGAAACAUUCGCUUGCGCCACACUUACCACGUCUAACUACCUUCUUUAACCAUUCCCCAGACAACGGUGAACAUCCUUCGAUCACAGCAACCGAGUACAUCGAAUGGUUCACCUCCCUCCUCGCAGAGCUGGACGUGAUAACAGCACCCAAAUUACUCGGCAAAUUCUACUGCCGUAAAGCUCAUCUUUCCAAGCAUCUUCAACACGAAACCAAACGAUCCUUAAGUUCACAUUUCGGCAAAACAUUUAUCAAAAUCGUGCAGAAGGCAGUCAAGAAUCGAAUUCCACAUAUCAAAGAACAGCAUAAAGCAUUACGGAAAUCGCCUCAGAAAGUUUCUGGUGUGCCAACGGCUGUGAUGGCAAGUUUGGGUCAGCUGAAAGAAGCGCUUGGCUUACCUCGAACAGCUCAGCAACCGUUUGUUGAUCUUGGAUUAGAAUGGUUCCAAGAGUAUCGAACGGCGGUAAUAAAUCAAGUAAAGUACAAUGAGAUGCUAAAUACGACAAAGCAGUUUGAGAAAAAGCUGGCACAGGAUGAGGAAAGAGGUAGGACGAUACGGCGGAAGCUUUUCGGGGAUGGAUGUUAGGGGAAGGAGAACUGAGAGAAUCAAUCAGGUUCAAGCUUAGUUUAGCAUUAGUUAGUAACCCUCUUAAAGAGCAGUUCUAGUAAUUAGUAACAAGAUAAACUUCUAUAUACGUUCGAUUAGUACUAUAAUAUUAGAAAUGAGUUCAGGGGUG